AUGCCAGCGCCCGUCAUCGCGGUCUGCCAUGGCGGCGGUCCCAUGCCCGUCAUGGGCGACCCGAGCCACGCCGAUCUGAUCAAGUCGAUGACCGAGAAGGUGCCCAAGAUUCUCGGCCUGGGGACGCCGAAUGCCCCGCGGGCCAUCGUCCUGGUGACGGCGCAUUGGAGCGAGCGGCGGCCGACUAUUAGCAAUGGCAACAAACAUAAGCUCUACUACGACUACGGCGGAUUCCCUCCCGAGACCUACAAGCUGAAGUACGAUGCGCCGGGGAGCCCAGAGGUGGCCAAGGAGGUCUACGAGGCGCUGGAGAAGGCCGGCCUCAACCCCCAAUUGGAUGGUGAGAGAGGCUGGGACCACGGUGUCUUCAUCCCAAUGCUCCUCAUCAACCCCAAAGCGAACGUUCCCAUCGUCCAACUCUCCGUCCUCGCCUCCGACUCUCCCGCACAGCACUUCGCCAUGGGCCGGGCACUGGCUCCCCUACGCGAGAAAGGAGUCGCCAUCGUCGGGUCCGGGAUGCCGACCUUCCACAACCUGCGGAUCAUGUUCUCGGGACUGGCGAACGACCGGGGCUUCAAGGCGCGGAAUGCACAGUUCAGCGACGCGCUGACGAAGGCGGUCACAUCAGAGAAUAUCGAGGAGCGGGGCAAGCUGCUGGAGGGCUGGAGAGACUGGGUCGGCGCGAAAGAGGCACAUCCCGCUGGUGGGGUGGAGCAUUUCCUGCCGCUGGUCGUGUGCGCGGGCGCUGGGGGAGAGGGAAAGGCAGAGCACUUUGCCGAUGAGGUUAUUGGCACAAAGCAGUACUCUUACUACUGGAAAUAG